AUGUUUAAACGGUUUGUGGCAAUGCAGACAAGGCGUCCUGUGGCUACGUGUUUGGUCACUGGUGCCUCAGUAAUGAGCAUCGGUGACUCAGCGGUACAACUUUGUGGCUCGGGCACCUUGGACGUCGAACGGAACGUGGUGGUGAGCGCAUACAAUGCAGGCAGCGCUCCAUUCUUCUACUUUUGGUGGCAAACCCUGGAUGGUAUGUUUCCUGGAAAAGGAUGGGCAGCAGUCGCGCGCAAAACGUUGGUGAACCAAGCCACGAUGGCUCCCUUCAACAGCGCGCUCUUUCUGACCUGGAGUACUGCCUUGGAGCCCUGGAUCAAGACCAUCCGCAAAAAGGGCAAGGAUGACCCGAAAAUGCCCCCUUGGCUCAGGUCCAACAUUUGGGAGAAGGUGAAGAGCAAAGUUCAAUCCGAAAUACCAGAGCUCGUUGUUAGCCAAUGCGGCUAUUGGCUUCCAGCCAACGCAGUCAACUUCAUGUUCAUGCCGCAACAUCUUCGUGUGGUGUUCAUGUCUACCUGCGCUGUGAUCUGGGGAGGAUACAUCAGCUACGUUGUACACCGCUAG